AAGACUAAAUUUACGGGACUAUUCAACAUCUCUGUUGCCAUCGGCCGUCCCUCUAACCAUUAGGACAACAACUCUUGUUCUCGCCAAAGCGGAACCCUAAUCCACCGUUUGAGCAGAGAGAUGCUGCGAGUAGCAGGAAGGAGGCUUUUUUCUCUUUCGCAGAGAUCUUCCACCGUCUCCUCCUUCGCGCUUUCCCGAGACCAUACCUUAUCCAAUGGCGGCGUCGACGACUCAUCUUCAUCCCCCAGAUCUGUCUCCUCUACCGAUCUUUCACGUUUCGAUUCUUACCACCGGAGCCUCAUGAGAGGUUUCUCAUCUGAAGUCCUUACUCAAGGGAAUGAGGUAGGUUUUGGUUCGGAACCUGCCACCGUGGAGGCCGUCAAGACACCUAACUCGAAGAUUGUCUAUGAUAACCACAACCACGAGCGUUACCCACCUGGUGACCCUAGCAAGCGUGCAUUCGCAUAUUUCGUCCUGUCCGGUGGGAGGUUUGUCUACGCCUCUGUUCUCCGCCUUCUAGUCCUCAAGCUCAUUGUCAGCAUGUCCGCGAGUAAAGAUGUCCUCGCCCUUGCGUCCCUCGAGGUCGACCUCGGGAGCAUCGAGCCGGGAACUACUGUCACGGUGAAGUGGCGUGGAAAGCCGGUGUUCAUCAGGAGAAGAACAGAAGAUGACAUCAAGCUGGCGAACAGCGUGGAUCUUGGAUCUUUGAGAGACCCGCAGGAGGACUCGGUGAGGGUCAAGAAUCCGGAGUGGUUGGUGGUUGUUGGAGUCUGCACUCACUUGGGGUGUAUCCCUUUGCCGAAUGCUGGUGAUUACGGUGGUUGGUUUUGCCCGUGUCAUGGUUCGCACUACGAUAUCUCUGGAAGGAUUAGGAAAGGUCCUGCACCGUACAACCUGGAGGUGCCAACCUACAGCUUCUUGGAAGAGAAUAAGUUACUCAUUGGUUAAUGAUGAUGAAUAAAAAGCACAACAGUCAGAGAACUACAUCCGUUUGUUUCUUUUUUUUUCCCAUGUUCCGGCAAUGUUAUGAGCAAGAUUGUCUUGUUUUUGCUGAAUAAUUGAAACCGUUUUGUCAUAUUUAUUGAACUGUGUACUCGAGCUCUGUUUUUCGAUAAUGAUGAAAGACUCUCUGUUCA